GCUCAUUCAAAGUCAUUGAAUCCGAACACUAAGAAAGGUUCAGUUAUAAUAGUAGUUAUCGUUUAUAGUAAUAGUAGGCGAGUGGGGUGGUUGUCUACGCGUUUGUGAAUGUCGAAGCGAAUAACAAUAACCAUGAACAUAUAUCUUCUGGUGUCUUUGUCAGUUAUGACAACAGUAAUAUGUUCACCACCAUCAGUUGAUCCAUACAUUGAGAGUUUCACCAAAGGUCUCAACGAAAUUGAACAUAUCGCUAAAGAGUACAAAUACGAGGAACAAAAUUUCGAUGCUGAAAAGCUAAAUUCUUCUGCAGCCUCCAGAGAUUUCGACUUCAUUAUUAUCGGUUCAGGAGCAUCGGGAGCUGCUCUAGCAACCAGACUUUCGGAGGUACACGAUUGGAAGAUUUUGGUCUUAGAAGCAGGAUACGUAGAAACACCAAUAUCACAAGUACCCAAUAUAUACCAAUAUCUACAGACAACACCUUACGAAUGGGGUUAUACAACCACAGAACAAAAACAUUCCUGUUUAGGUAUGGAAGGCCACAAAUGCUCUAUUAAAUAUGGCAAAGCUCUCGGUGGUAUAACAUCAGUAGAUAACAUGUUAUAUACUAGGGGAAACCAAAGAGAUUAUGACAAAUGGGCUGACUUAGGUCUGAAGAACUGGUGCUGGAAUGAUGUAGCUCACUAUUUCAAGAAGAUGGAAGAUGCAUAUAUUCCUGAGUUAGACAGGAAACAUCAUGCUUUUGGUGGUCCAGUCCAUCUGGAACAUUUCCGUCACUCCACCGGCUUAGGAAAACAUAUAUUAGAAGCAGGACAUGAACUUGGUAUCAAGGCAGUUGACUACAAUGGCAAAGAUCAACUUGGACUCUCCCUUCCUCACGCAACAACCAAGGCUGGUCGUAGGAACAGUGUAGCUCAGUCGUAUUUAGGACAAGCCAUCAAAAGACCCAACUUAGAAGUAAGAUUAGGUGCCAGAGUUAUACAAAUUUUGAUCAGCCCACACACGAAGGAGGCGUAUGGAGUCAAAUUCGUUCAAGAUGGUCAUAUACUCGUUGGAAAAGCUACUAAGGAGAUCAUUUUGGCCGCUGGACCUGUAAAUACGCCACAGUUACUUUUACUAUCAGGUAUUGGCCCUAAAGAUGAUUUGGAAAAUUUAAAAAUUGAAAAUCUAGCAGAUCUUAAAGUUGGAACUAACCUAAAGGACCAACUAAGUUUCCUAGCGUUAAACUUCCAUGUAAAUGAGUCUUCAAAAAUACCAGAGACAAAAGAAAUGGUUGAGGAAUUAUUGAAACUUGGAGGAGGUCCCCUAACUUCUCCAGGAAUAGAAGCCGUAGGAUAUUUGAAGACCGAAGCUUCCAAAGAGAGUGUUGACUAUCCAGACAUAGAAGUGGUGGUGCACAAAGACGUUCUCAAAAAUGGUAAGAAUACAGUAAUUUAUUUUAAAGAUAAAAUGCCACAGAUUUUUCACAAUGUUAAGUUGUUCAUAAAGUACAUAACUUUUGUACGACAAAGUACUGUACUAAGUACAAAGUUGUAACGUUAAGCUUUUAUGCUGACUUCCCAUGAAUUUGUCAAUGUUAAGUUAUUGAAAAUGAAAUAUUUUUUUAUGAAAAGCUACAGUUUCUUCAUAUUCUUCUCAAUAUUAUUUAACUUCUUCACUAUCUUCCCUUAAAGUCGAACAUUAUCCCUUUAUUAUGAUAUUUCAGAUAGGUUUAACUUAUAAACUGACUUUUCAUAUAUAGCUCUCUUUUUUGUCGCAACGUCUUCGUUUUAUAUUCUUCUCGAAAUUAGAUUCGUCUAAAAAUUUUUGGCGCCUUCAAAUACUUUGGCUUUUUUAUGGAUAGGGCAGAUUAUACUUUUUUCCACUGUUUGCGAAUUUUUUCUUCUAUCCAUAUUUCUUGUAGUAGUUGGUGUAUCUGUUUUGUCAAAUUUUUUCCUACUUGCUUGUAUACUGCUGCCGGAAUUUUAUCUAUUCCAGGCGCUUUAUUGCUUUUUUGCUUUUGGAUUGCCAUUCGAACCUCCUCUAGCCUUGGAGGUCUAGUUGUUAUUUAUGCAGAAGCUAGUCUUCGGUUUGUACCCCAGUCUAAAAUGUUCGAUGAAUUAUUAUGCACUGCGUGUUUCGUUCUUGAACUACCUCUCUAUGUUUAAUACUCGUUAGUUUUCGUACUCCAUUUUUAGGUUUGCAUAAUUUAUCAACCCUUCGUCUUUUGUUUUCAAAUUCUGAUUUCCUCUCUCUAGUUCAUCGAAGUAUGUAAUUACGAUGUGCUCCAUUUCUUUCCUAAAUCGGUUGUUUGCAUUCUUCAUCGAACCAUGUUUUUUCUUUUCGUUAUAUUUUUAUUCCUAGUACUUCUUUUGCCAUGUUCAAUUUAAUGAUGCUUAUGUUGUUCCACUGAUUAUCUAUUGCGGAUUCUUCUCGUAAUCUUUCAUCCCCUUUUCUGACAAAUCUUUCUUGUACCUCAGAUACUUUUAGGUUAUCUAAGAUUAGUUUUUCGUGGUUUGGAUAUUUUGCCUUUGCCUGUCAACUGAUUUUACAUUUAAAUUGUCAAAUGUCCUUAUGAAUGUCCCGAUAUGGAAAGCAUGUCGAACUGAUAUCUAUAUUCUUUCCAGCUGCAAAGUCUCUCUUAGCCGAUUUUGGCGUUUGUGUAGCCUAUCACUAUUUUGAUGUCGAUAAUUCAGUGAAAUAGUCAUUAAAAAUGGUGGACAUAUUUCUGUGUUUACUGUAUUUCUUGUUUUAGCCGAACAAUUCCAAAGAGCUAACCGCAUCAAGAAGGAUAUGCACGAAGUAACACAUCCCAAACGGACUAUUUCAACAUCGAAGUAAAUCUUCUUCACCCGAAAUCAACAGGAUCAUUAAAAUUGCAUGAUCAUGAUCCCUUCCACUACCCAUUGAUCAAUCCAAAUUCACUUACCGAUCCAGACGACCACGAUCUAGAAACUUUAGUUGCUGGUAUCCACAAAGCUAUAAAGUUAUCAAAAACCGAAGCUCUACAAAAACUAGGCGUGCACAUCAGUGAGAAAAAAGUACCAGGGUGCGAAACAGAACAACAUGACCAUUACUGGAAAUGCGCUGUGAGACAUUUAUCAACCAACAAAGGACACAUCACCGGCACUGCUAGAAUGGGAGCUGAAGGCGAUAAAGAUGCCGUUGUAGACGAGAAGCUUAAAGUAAAAGGAAUACACAAGUUGAGAGUUGCCGAUGCUAGUGUCAUACCCGUAACAAUCUCUGGCAACUUGGUUGGUCCUUCAAUUUUGAUUGGGGAGAGGGCGGCAGAUUUGAUAAAAGAAGACUGGAAAUAAGUUAUGUAUUCGAUUCGACAUAAAUAUAUAUUUUUGUAAUAU